ACCACUGAAGGGAAAUCUUGGAAAACUUGCAGUGCUCUCACGCGUAAAUUUAUACGAAAACGAAUUAAAACUUACUAACUACUAAGUAUUGGAUUGCUUCUUAUUUCAUUCUUUUUUACCUAAGGCCGUAUUAAAAAAGUGAAAUGUAAAUUCGUUAUCAACUUCGAUUAUGAUUUGAAAAACUCACUUUUGGUUUUUAAAUAAGUCUAGCAACGAAAAUAUCAAAUUUAUUUAGAUAAUGGUGACAAUGAGCUGGGAACAGGAUCGCGACCGGCCCUGUGACAAGUUAGAAAUCAAUGAGGCAGUCGGAAAACUGCUAGAGAGUUUCAACUAUGACAGCAUCGUACCACAGCCAACGAGAAGCGGUGGGUGCAUGCGUCGUGCACACGUGAAGCGACCAAUGAACGCGUUCAUGGUAUUCGCACAAGCGAUGCGCAGGCGCCUCUCGGAACAGCGACCAGCGUUACACAACGCAGAGCUUAGCAAGUCACUGGGUUCUAUGUGGAAGAGUCUGAGUGAAGAUGAGAAAUUGCCGUUUAUCAAAGAAGCCGAUAAACUUCGGACGCAGCACAAGAAGGAGUACCCUGACUACAAAUAUCAACCACGCCGUCGCAAGCCUCAACCUACUUCAGCAAUCCGACCCAAGAGGGAACCUUCACCAGAGAGAGAUCAGAUUGACUUCGCUGGCAUGCCGGACAUAUCUCGCGAACUGUUGCCGGAUGGCCCGCCGGAUAAUGCUGAACUAGAACAAUAUUUAAUAAAGCCACCCGGCACAGUACCCACUGUACCCGACUACCACGAGCUUCAACCACGAUACACCCACAGCCUCCAACACCCACCUCCGCCUCUGUAUGCACCAGUACCACCCCAUCUUCAUCAUGCAUGUGGAGCUGAUUGGUCACACUACCCGGGACACCCUUAAACCACAAACAAAUAUCUCGAGAAAGUGAUUUCACGUUGGUGUCUCAAAGACUUUUAGUAAUAACAAUAAGCUUUAUCAAAAGAUCGGAAUAUUUUUCGCCGCUCAGUUUUUUUGUAACAUAUGAAAUAGGUCACGUAGCUCUUGUAAAUAUAAUUGGGUAGACAUGUAAGCACUAUAGGGCACGGCGCGCGGCGCGCACGUGCGUUUAAUUUGUGUAAGCUGAAUAAAUAUUUAAUAGGUUAAAGUUUGCAUAAAUUAUUAUUAAAUAAUGUUAACUACUGGACCAAAUGUUAUGUUAUCGACAAAUCUAAACUACUACCUAUAACGUGUAUUAGAAAUAUGUUUUAUAAUUUGUACCUAAAUUUAACUUAUUUGUAACAAUGUUAAACAGGUUUCUAAGUCUAGUUAUGUCCUGUGUCGUGCACUCGUAGCAGGCUGUAUGCUUAACUAGCUUAUACCCUGAUUCAUAUUAUCAUAUAUUAUAGCUAAAACUAGGUGUUUUAAUGAUAACGAGAACAAAGUAUCCAAUGUAAAAAAAAAACAUUAUAAUUUUAUUAAUAUUAUGUCUGUGUAUCAAUUACGAUUAUUUGGUACUUACAAAAUUAUUUGAGUUCCAAAGCUUAUGGUUAAGUAGAAAUUAAAGCUUAGCAUAGGUUAUAAAUAAAAUAAAUAGUGACUCUACUAUAGAUAUUUCAGAUAAGUUAUUAUUGUGAUUAAACAAUUUGUAGUUCAUAACAAUCCUGUUGUUUAAUAAAUAUAUUUUUCUAUGUUCUA